AUGGGUGGGGGCCUCGGUUGCUAUGGUAUCCUCGAGCACCGCUCUCUGUCGCCCGAUCGCUACAAGCGGCGGCGACUUGCUGCCUGUACAAAGAUAUACCACCCGCGGACAGCGAUGGGGACGCGUUCUCGCUACACCAAUACGAUAAUGGCCCCGCCGCGCGGGACGAAUGGUGGGCUUCGAGACGCCGGGAUCGAUACACGCGCCUCGAGCGAAUUGGAUGCAGCUCUCGUGGCGCGAGCAAAUGCGCUAUUGAUCGACGCUCAUAUUUGUAGACGGAUACGCGUCGCAUAUCCCGGUGCCGUGCACGUCGUUUUG